GAAAAAACACAUGUCAUCGGGCAACCUCUGUUAAUGUUCCAUCUAAUGCUUCUUCAAUCGUCACAAAUUAGUUCAACUCGUCUCAUGUAGAAAUUUCACCAUGGAUUUCAAAAGUGAUUCCCGAUUUGCAGCUGUUGCCAAAGACCCUCGCUAUCGGCAGGUUCCGAAACUUGAACGAAAAGUUAAGAUUGAUAAGCGUUUCCAGGGCAUGUUCACAGAUAAACGAUUCAAGCUGAAAUACUCAGUGGACAAACGGGGUCGCCCAGAAAAUCAGACCUCCAAGGAGAAUCUGAAGAAGUUUUACGAACUGGAGGAAGAUGAGGAAGAGGCAAUAAAAGAUGUGUCAGAUGAAGACAGUGAGAGAGGUGAAAGUGCAGGGAGACAUUGUCUAAAGAAAAAACAAACAAGGAGGAGAAGUGGUCGAGAAGUUGUUAUGGCUUUCAAAAGGAGAAAAGCAAGGUUAUCUGCUUCAGAAGACAGAGGUAAAAAAAUCAGUGACACAUUCACAAAGAAAGCGAUGUCCAUACCCAGUUCAUCCAGAGACCAAUGCACAUUGAGGAGAGGUGACAGAUUAACUAGGAGUGAAGAGGAUGAUUCUGAUAGCGAGGAUGACGAAAGUGGGCUUGGCAGUGAUGAUACUCCUGAAAAGAGAUUGAGAGGAACAGUGCUAGACUCUGAAUCAGACUCUGAGUCGGACACAGACUCUAAGCCCUCAUGGCAGAAGCAGAUGGGCGUCGACUUUGCUCGCGGUGAAGGAAACAUAGAGACAAGUUCUUCCGAAUCUGACUCGGAUGAUGAGGUGGCAGUGACUUCUACACAGGGACCUGUCAUUGACGAGAUCUGCCACAGCUGGGGUGAACUGGAUGCAGAAGCUCCAAGGGAAGAAGCUACAAGUUGCAGAUUAGCUGUCUGUAACAUCGAUUGGGACUGCGUUACAGCCAGCGACCUCUUUGUACUUCUUAACUCGUUCAAGCCUUCUGGAGGAGUUCUUCAUUCUGUGAAGAUAUACCCCUCCGAGUUUGGCUUGGAGCGGAUGCGGGAGGAGGAUGCUAAGGGUCCACAGGAGCUGGUAGAGAAGGAUAAGAAGAAGGAGAAGUUGAGUGGUAUCCAGCAGGAGCGAUAUCAGAGGGAGAAACUUCGCAAGUAUCAGAUGCAGAGGUUGAAGUAUUACUAUGCUGUGGUCGAUUGUGACAGUGCUGAUACAGCCAAUGCUAUUUAUGACCAGUGCGAUGGCAUGGAGUAUGAAACUAGUGCAUCAAAACUAGAUCUCAGGUUUGUACCAGAUGACACCACCUUUGACCACGAACCUAAGGACACAGCCAGCGAGGCCCCGGACGCCUCUCAGUUCAAACCCCUGGAGUUCCAGACGACUGCCCUGACCCGGUCCAGCGUCCAACUGACAUGGGAUGAGAAUGAUAAGAGGAGGGCUAAGGAGACCGAUGAACUCUUCAAGAGCAGGAAGAAGAUGGAGGAGAUGGAGUCUCAUAUCCAGGCAUACCUAGCAUCAUCUAGUGAGGAAGAGGAGGAGGAGGAGGAGGAGGAUGGUCGGAAGGAUGGAGAUGAAGAUGAUUUAAAUGAAGAGGAUAGUGAAAAUGACAACCCUGAGAGCGAGAAGGACCGUAUCAACAAAUACCGGAAUCUCCUGAAAGGCAUAGAAGAGAAGGAGAAACAAGAUGGAGAUAAAGAUAUGGAGAUGGAGAUUUCAUGGGAACCAGGGCUAAAGGAAUCCACACAAGAAAUAGUGAAGAAGAAAGCAGAAUCCACAGAUGCUACUCCAUGGGAAAAAUACUUGGAGAAGAAGAAGGAGAAAAAGAAAGAACGUAAGCAGGAAAGAAAGAAACUGAGAGCCCAACAUGAAAAUAAGGCUGUUGAAACUGAAGAACCAAUGCAGGCUUUCAGUGAUGAUGAACUCCCAGAUGGUGUUGAUCUGAAUGACUCUUUCUUCAAGGAUUCUCUCAAGGAAAGCAAAUCAGGUGGAAAAAGCAAAAAGAAGGGAAAGAAGGAAGAAGUCAUGAAAACAGAUGAAGAAUUGAAAGAAGAGAAGCAAAGGAAGGCUGCUCUUGAAUUGUUAAUGCUGGAUGAAGAGGAUGAUGGCAGGCAGCACUUUAACCUUAAGAACAUCAUGGAGAAUGAGAACAUGACAAAAAGCAAACGCAAGAGGCAAUUGAAGCAACAGCGCAAGCUUGGCCAGCAGGAGGAAGCCCCAGCUGCCGUCCGAGACAACUUUGAGAUCAACACAGCAGACCCUCGAUUCGAUGCCCUGUUCACAUCACACGAGUAUGCCAUCGACCCGUCAGAUCCUCAGUACAAGAAGACCAAAGCGAUGGAGACAUUGAUCAGUGAGAAACAGAAGAGGAGGGAGAAGAGAGAAGUGGAAGAUGAAAAGAGAACUGUGGAGAAAAAAGAGAAAAAGAUGGACGUAGAGGUUUCACAGCUUGUCAGAUCAAUCAAGAAUAAGACUGAGCAGUUUCAUUCAAGAAAGAAACUCAAAACUGAUUCAUGACAAGGGCAACUCAGACAUUGAACAUUUCUGUGUGACAUAAGUAUUAAACCAAGAAAUGAAAAUGGAUUUAUUGUACCUUCAGUUUAUCAACAGACACAUUAUUUCACACACAUUUUUGAAAGAAAAUAGGUGAUUUUAAGCCAUCAAAAAUUUUUAAUUAUUGCAUUUUCAUAACAUAUGGGGGAGCUGCUCAUAUAUGAGGUCACAAGUCAAAACCUCAAACUUCUUAUAACUUUCUUAAUCUUCACGUUACGGUCUCUUUUAUUAAUAUUUCUGGUAUUUUUAAACCAAACUAUUCUUCAGGGUGAACUUCCCCUUUAAUCAUUACUAAUGUAAUGCAUAUUUAUCUACUACUAGGCUUAAGUAAUUCAUGCAAAUUUUCAACAAAUUAUAAAUGCCCAUUGAACAAAUUUUUGUAUGUUGAUACUUUGAGUCUAAUGCCCCCAAAAUAACUUGGGAAUGUGGUAUAUAUGUAUCAUAAUACUGUAAUCAAAUAAUGAUCAACAUGCUCAACAAAAUCAUGACCAUUUUCAUGAACUGUGUUCCAUGCGCGGUUCAGCAAACAGAAACCAGUUUCAGAUAAAUGCAUUUAGCUGUCGUGUCUGGUGACUGUGCAAAGUAUUAAAUUUGAUUUUCAUUACCAUGAUGGUACAUAAUCUAAUGAUGGAGUAUGACUACUAAAGAAACUGAUCUUUGGUGAGACAGCUGUACAAUAGAAUAUAUUGGGAUUUUUUUUUAAUCACAUCUGACAUCUUGGGACGCUUUGUUUAAUUAUGAUUCAGUAUGAAAUGUGCAUAAAUUCUGCAAAUAAUGGUACAUGUACAAAAUUUUGAAAUGUUUUCUUUUUAUUUGGUGCAUGUAGUUUCCUACAGAUGGAAGAAUUUCAUUGUGAUUCAAAUAAAUUUGCAGAAAGUUUCAU